GACAAGGAAGCUGUAAACACUUUAAACUGAUAAAUCGCGGGGUACAGAACUGAAGCUCUAAUUUCCAUCUUAAAACACCAUUAAAAUUGCUUAUUAGAGGGAAACCUGGGUCACAUUAGUAGAAGCAGUAGCAGAGACGUAUAAAAUUGAUUCUACUCAUUGAACUGUUCACAGAGAAUUUCUCAGACGAGCUUUCUCCGAUUAAUUUCUGCAAAUCCGUCUCCUUCGUCUGUCAACGUUGGAGAGAAGAUCUGAUUUGGAAGAUCAGUUGCAUUUUCUACUUUUGUGGAACCUAGAAACUGAUUUGUGCAGUUACUGCAAAAGGUAGAUGCAACAUGGAUGAUGGUGGCCAACGCGAAAAUGGAAGACACAAACCUGAUCACUAUAAAGCAGUUCACUCACAGUGGAUGAAUCCACAACAUCAGAUGAAGGAACAGCAGCAUGCCUUGACAGUGAAACAAAUUAUGGCCAUCAUGGCCGAGAGGGAUGCUAUGAUCCAAGAACGAAAUUUGCUCAUUGCUGAAAAAAAGGCAGCUGUGGCUGAACGAGAGAUGGCCAUCUUGCAGAGAGAUGCAGCCAUUGCCGAGCGGAACAGUGCCAUAAUGGAAAGGGAUAAUGCCUUGGCAGCUCUUCAAUAUCGGGAAAAUGCCAUGAAUGGCGGUGGUCCACCACGUGGGACAAAGCACAUGAACCAUCACCAUCAUAAUGAACUUCACUUGGCAGAAUCUCCUUACCAUGGAAGGGAGAUGCACAUAACUGAGGCCAUACCUAUAUCAGCAGCAGCUGCUUCUGAAGCUGUCAAGCCUCAGGGUGCUAAGCGAAUGAGGAAGGAAACCAAGACUACAUCAUUGAAGACGUCAAAUUCAUUGAGAAAGGGUUGUAAAAGGGGUGAGGACUUGAACAAGGUAACUAUUGCCAAGACACAUGAAUGGAGGAAUAGCCAUGAUAAUACCGGUGGGGAUGGUGGUGAGGAUCGGGUUAGGCAGAUAGCAUUUUCAAAGCCUGAUUGGAAAGGUCAUGACCUGGGACUGAACCAGGUCCCUUUUGAUGACUCAAACAUGCCAGUGCCAGUUUGCUCGUGCACUGGAACUCUUCAGCAGUGCUACAAAUGGGGGAAUGGGGGUUGGCAGUCUGCCUGCUGCACCACUAACUUGUCAGUGUAUCCACUUCCUGCAAUACCUAACAAGCGCCAUGCUCGCAAAGGUGGACGUAAGAUGAGUGGAAGUGCCUAUACUAAAUUGCUUACCCGCUUGGCUGCAGAGGGUCAUGACCUGUCAACACCCGUGGAUCUCAAGGACCACUGGGCCAAGCAUGGGACGAAUCGCUAUAUUACCAUCAAGUAGCUGGUAAGGAUGGCGGGAGAUGUGUAGGCAAUUCUUUCGGGUUAAUCUUUUCUGCUUGUCACUCAAAGAACGGGCUUUAAUGUUCACCCAAAAAAAAAAAAGGGGGAGGGGGGGGGGGGGGGGGGAAGAAUGGGGUCUUUAAUGAAUAUAAAGAUGUCCAAGGAUGGACAAAUCAGAGGUGGGAACUGAGCCAUCUGAAGGGCCGUCCAAGCUUGGAAGAGAUUACAUCUCAUUGAGCCCCAAUUCUGGAGGGGAAAGUAAAAGUAAGAAGGAACAGGGGGGGGGGGGGGUGUACCCCAUUUACAUUUUUCGUACUUAGGAAACGUUGCAUAUACUUUUUUAGGAAAAAGGUCUAAUGGACAAAUAUCGACAAAAGGAAUUUAUAGAUGCUUGCUACAAGGCUGCCUUGGGAGUGGUAGCAAAUUUUGACUGUUGGAUAUGUAGGGAAUAGUUUGGAUUGGCCAAUGGCCAUGUGUCAAAUUGGAAACUUAAUUUCAAUCAUAUAUACCCUCUUAUGUGUUGAUAUGCA